AUGGUAUCAACAUCCAAAUCCGACCCCAUCGCCAUCAUCGGCGCCGGUGUCUUCGGCCUCACCACAGCCCUCCACCUCUCCAGCAACGGCUUCACCAACGUCUCCGUCUUCGAACGAGACAACCAAGUCCCAGCCCGCUAUUCCGCCGGCCACGACAUCAACAAGAUCGUGCGCGCAGAAUACGAAGACCCAUGGUACACUGAACUGACACUCGUACGUCCUGUCCCCUUCCCUAUCCAAUCCCAUUCUCUACCCCACCAUACACACCUAACACCCCUCUCUCAACAGCAAGCCAUCGAAGGCUGGAAAACCCCCCUCUACGCCCCACACUACCACCAAACGGGCUUCCUGCACCUCGUCUCCGGCGCCGCCCCCGAAAAGGCCUCGCAGACAAUGAACCGCUUCCUGGCCUCAAUCCGCAACCACCCCACCUACAAAGGCAAACUAACCACCAUCUCCACCCCAACCGACAUCCGCAACAUCGCCUGGCAACUCACCGGCCCUCUCCCAGGCUGGAACGGCUACUUCAACCAACUAGCUGGAUACGCGCACUCAGCCAACGCUCUCCGCGCCGUCUACGAAGCCGCCGCAGCCCGGGGCGUGAAAUUCUUCCUCGGUGAAGACAUCGGCCGCGUGACCUCGCUGAUCUACUCAUCCCCCACAAAUAAGAAACAAGUGACAGGCGUCCGCACGGCCAAUGGCCAAACCUACCCCUGCAAGCUCGCCGUCGUCGCCAUCGGUGCCGCGGCAUCUACCCUCGUUCCUGAAGCAGGAGGUCAAGUUGUCGCGAAGUCGUGGUCGCUGGGACAUGUGAAACUCACUGAUGAAGAGACGUCCAUGCUCCGCGGCAUUCCGGUAACCUAUGCCCGCGAUCUAGGAUUCUACUUCGAGCCGGAUCCGAAGACCAAUCUGCUCAAGAUCUGCCCGAUGGGCGGCGGGUAUAUUAACACGGAUCCCGCGUCGGGGGUAUCGUACCCACCGAAGACAUUGCAGGAGAGCGAGGGGGUGUUGCCGGCAGAGGAUGAGAAGAGGAUGAGGAGGUUGUUGAGGGAGUCGUUGCCGCAGUUUGCGGAUCGGCCGUUUGUGGAGAAGAAGUUGUGUUGGUUUGCGGAUACGAGUGAUUCGGAGUUUAUUAUUGAUUUUGUGCCGGAGACGGAGGGGUCGGUUGUUCUCUGUUCGGGGGAUUCGGGGCAUUUGUUUAAGAUGUUGCCGAUUGUGGGAGAUUGGGUGUUUACGUUGUUGAAGGAGAGGAAGCAGGGGGUGGGGAGGUGGAGGUGGAAGGGGGGUAAGAAGAAGGAGGGGAAGUGGGAGGGAGAUGUUAGCUGGCGGUUGGGGGAGACGAGGGAGUUUGAGGAGGUUAGACUAGCUCCGGCUCCGAAGCUGUAG